AUGCCAGCCUAUCACAGCGCUCAUAACGAGGAUGCAGGCAUACAAUCCAUAGCGAGCAUGUCGAUCCUGCCCAUCCGCACCAAGAUUCGUGGUCCAGCGCCUCCUAUGCCCUUGGAAGCUUCCGCUGAGGAUAUGGACAUCGUGGAAGAAUCAAUCGACCUGUUCAGGGCCAAUUGUCUCUUCAGGAACUUUGAAAUCAAAGGUGGCGCUGACCGAGUGAGUGAAAGAAAUUCGCUGCUCGACGACGCUGGAAGUACGCCUGAGUAGGAAAGCAUGUGCUGUACUCGCCUGCCUUGGCAUGGCGCGCACAGAGCUAGGACCAGCUCACCCCAUUUCAUCGUCACUGUCCUCCGCAGCUUCUCAUUUACCUCAUUCUCUACAUCUCUGACUGCUUGAGCAAAAUCGCAUCAGCAAGGGUGCCCAUGUCCCAGAACGAGGCAAUCAAGCAGCUUUCCACACUGGCAGUGGACAACUUUAGCCUUCCAGGCGAUGCUGGCUUCCCCUUGAACAACCUCUACUCCGCUCCGGCUACCAGGCAAGAAGCAGGUCAGUGUGACCGUCCCAGGCGCUCGGCUUCAGCCCAACCACUCGCUUUGAGUUGCGCAAGAAGGCGAGUUGCGAUAUUUCUUUCGCUGACGCCAUUCUCUUCAACACUCCGCAGACCAAUUGAAGUCAUAUCUCACUCAGCUGCGGCAAGAACUAUCGCUUAGGUUGGUCGAGAAGGUGUACGUGGAUGGCAAGCCCAGCAAGUGGUGGCUCAGCUUCACCAAGAGGCGCUUGUGAGUACACAGCAGAUUAAAAAUGGGUCACAUCAUCAGGCGAGUACGAUGGCUUACGGCAACCUUUUUGGUCGCUACACAGUAUGGGCAAGAGUCUGUCUUGA